CGCGACAAAAACUGACCCGUGAAAGGGGCGGGCCUAGACGGGAACCUCGGUGGCAGUUGGGGAGGUGUCAUGGCUUCUCCAGUGGGGGAUGCGGGUCACCCCCGAGGCCUGGACAAGAACCUGGAUCAAAGCUGCAGUUUCUAUCGCGAGGUUUUAGUUGGUUUUCUCCGUUCAGUCCGCACCUUGACAGGGCAGCUUAACCUUGGAGAUGAUGUGGUGAAAAUUACAAUCGAUUGGAACAAGCUUCAGAGCCUCUCAGCACUCCAGCCAGCAUUGCUCUUUAGUGCUCUUGAACAACAUGUUUUAUAUUUUCAGCCUUUUUUAGAAAAACUUAAGUGCCUGAUUAAAGAGGAAAUUAUUAAUACCAUUGAAGAUGAUAAAACAAAAUUGGUCAACAAAAAUGAUUCAAAAAUAUGUCCUGAUGAUAACCUGCAUGCAGAUGAAAAAUACGAGGAUUGUGGUUUGGGAGUUCUAAAAGACAAGCAAAUUAAUUUUGAUCCAGAAGUGGUCCAGAUAAAAGCUGGAAAAGCAGAAAUUGACAGGAGAAUAUCCGCAUUCAUUGAACGAAAGCAAGCUGAAAUCAAUGAAAACAAUGUCAGGGAAUUUUGUAAUGUAAUUGAUUGUAAUCAAGAGAACAGCUGUGCAAGGACUGAUGCUGUUUUUACUCCUUAUCCAGGAUUUAAAAGUCAUGUCAAGGUUUCUAGAGUUGUGAAUACCUAUGGCCCACAGACAAGAAGUAGAACUGAAGGAAUACAAGGAACUGGUCAUAAAAUUAAUAACAUAUUCCGUGACUGUGGGAACCAGGCUGUAGAGGAGAGAUUGCAAAAUAUUGAAGCUCAUUUGCGAUUGCAUACAGGUGGUCCAGUACCUAGAGAUAUUUAUCAGAGAAUUAAAAAACUUGAGGAUAAAAUCUUGGAAUUGGAAGGCAUUUCCCCUGAGUAUUUUCAGCCAGUUAAUUAUUCUGGAAAAAGAAGAAAAGUGCAACCACCACAACAGAACUAUUCGUUGGCUGAACUUGAUGAGAAAAUUAGUGCCCUUAAGCAAGCUCUGCUAAGGAAAUCAAAUGAAACAGAAUCCAUGGUCACUGAUCAAUUUCCAUAAUGAAGUGUCUUUAUUGUUAUUUUUGUUAACACAUGUAACUUAAGGAACUGUUUAAUUACUGUAUUUCUCCUUAGACUUUGCCCUCUUCCCAAGUAUGUUCUUUAAGUUUUGCCAGAAGUGUGAGUCCAGUAAAACUUAUUAGUCUAAUUUAAAAGUAUUUUGUGAAUGCUUUGAAAAUGGAAGUGUCUAAAAUUAUUCACUUUUGUUAUGAAGGAGAUGUUUUAGCAUUUUUUUUUUAGAAAAUUAAUAAAAAAAUAACUUGUAAAAUUGUAUUUUUUAUCUGUAAUUAUUUGUGGACCAAGAAGGAUAAACAUCAUUUUCACUAGUGUGAUUUUUAAAAGGUUUUAUAUUUGUAAUAUUGAUAUUUGUUGUGUGUUUUUUUAAGUGUGUCUUGUUUAGCAUGUCUGUUUUAAAAUACUAUUUUUCAUGUAAAUAAAUAUAAUUGAAACUUUU